AAUGUGGCACCAACUUUCCGUCCAACGUCGAAAUUUGAAUCGUGUAUAUAAUAGCGGAUAUUCACUUCGCAUAAUGUAGUGUCGACGACAACUUUAAACGGUAGCUAUGGCUUUCAUCGUAUUAGUCCUACUCGCAUUAGUGGCUGGUUCAGUUUCGACGGCCGAAGAGAACGCGUUCAACAGACAGGCACCAUUACCAGCAGCCCCAGCAGCAUGUGAUCCCACUUAUCCGUACCGCAGCUUCGACGGAACGUGCAAUAAUUUGAACAACCCGCGCUACGGUCAAGCAAACACCAUUUUCCAGAGAUUGAUGGGUCCAGCUAACUACGCUGACGGUGUUUCAUCAAUCCGUUUGGCCCAAUCGGGCGCCUCUUUGCCGAGUGCUCGCCUGGUUUCUACCACUGUCCUUACCAACGGCACUGAUACGAACAACGAUGCCGUCUUGGUUACCAUGCAAUGGGGUCAAUUCCUGGACCACGACUUAACACAAGGAAGGACUUUCACAGUGGCUGGAGGAUGUUGUGAUGGAGGACGGUUCGGAAACGUGACGGCCAACCCUAAUGUUGAAUGUUUGCAUAUCCCCAUCCCAAGUAACGACCCCGUCUACGUUAAUGCAAAUUGCCUGAAUAUGGUUCGAAAUACCUUUGGACUGAAUCUCGAUGGAACCACGCCAUCGAGCAGACAACAGAUGAACAGACUGACUCACUGGAUCGACGGCUCGCAAAUUUACGGAAAUGACGACGCUACUGCGCAAUCUCUCCGCGAUCCAAGCUCAGGCAAAGGUCAAUUGGCAGUUUCCAUUCAGAGCGGCAAAGUUCUUCUACCAGUUUCACCAAGCACAUGCUCUGAUUGCUUCAUAGCAGGCGACAGCAGAGUGCGCGAACAGCCGCUGCUUACAAUCAUGCACACCUUGUGGCUUCGUGAACAUAACCGGGUGGCUAAUGCUCUGUAUGACAUAUUCGGGUCGAGCAAAUCCGAUGAGUUCUAUUACCAAGAGGCCCGUCGCAUCGUCAUUGCUGAAUUCCAGCACAUCACAUACAAAGAGUAUCUCCCAGUUAUUCUUGGCCGUCAAGCUAAAUUUUCAAAUUCUAAAAGCCAAAGUAACCCAGCCAUUUACAACGAAUUCGCCGCUGCUGCCUACCGAAUGGGUCAUUCCAUGUUGACGAGCUUCCUAAAGCUUUACGAGGUUGAUGGCAGUGAAAGUCCUCAAAGUUUCUUUCUCGCAAACUCUUUCAACACCGGAACAACCCGUCUACUAAAUCCGACUUUCAUCGAUAACGCUCUGCGUGGCCUUUUGCGAAACCUCGUCAACGCCGUGGACAACUGUUUUCCCGAUGACGUCACCAGCCAACUAUUCCGGGCAUCAGGCAGUCCUAUCGGCGGGGAUUUAAUUUCAGUCAACAUGCAACGCGGCCGCGAUCACGGUCUCCCAACUUACGUCAGAGCCCGACAAAUCGCCCUUGGAACCAACGGCCCACUACCCACUACGUUUGAUGCGCUCAAGUCUACGCACUCGAAAGAAGUCAUCGAUAGCUUGAAGCUCGUGUACCAAUCGGUACAGGACAUCGAUUUGUUCAUAGGUGGAGUGACAGAGAAGCAUAUGCCUGACGCCGCCGUGGGACCCACAUUUGGUUACAUCAUCGCCGAACAAUUUGAGAAUCUCAAGCGGACAGAUCGUUUUUUUUACAGCGACCUGACAAAUUCCGUUUCGUUCACCGGCCGUCAACUAAAAGAGAUCAGGAAGGUAAGCCUUGCCCGCAUCGUCUGCGAUAACAACGACGGAACAGUCACUACAAUCCAACCAGAGGCCUUCCGCAACCCGAGCAGCCGAAACUCUCCAGUUGCCUGCACUAGCAUUCGGGGUAUUGACUUCAACAAGUUCUACGGCAACAAGCCUAUCUCGGUUGCUUCGGAGGAAAGUAUUUCAGGUGAAGACACCUCUUAAGCGACGGAAGAUUUUAAAAGGAGAGUGAAACCCUCAGCAAUGAAACGGAUCACUCUAGAGAAUAUUUGAUUCUUUGGACAGGAAAAAAAAAGUAUUAUAAAUAGUAAGGUGGAGGGCAAGGGUUUCACCAUCGCAAAAUGGUGUUCAUAGUAGUCUAGCAAGCAAAUUUAUCGAAAGAAUAAACAAUCGUUUCUCUUCGA